AUGAGUUUCACACAUGAUUUGAAAUUACCAACAUAUGAUGAACUUCAAUGUCCAGUCGUGAAUGUGUCUUCGCCUGCAUUACGAGCAGGAAGUUUUCAUUUGGCGAAAUAUUGUGAUUUACAAUUUAAAGAGUUUAUGUUAUGUCGACAGGAAGAACAAGAUCCACGAAAAUGUAUAAAUGAAGGCAAAGAUGUUUCAUUAUGUUCUAUUGAUUUUUUUCGUAAAGUACGUGAUACAUGUAAUGAUACAUUUACAACGUUUUGGACAUGUCUUGAUAAUGCUCGAGAAGGUGAAAUGUCAUUUAAUUAUUGUAAAGAAGAACGAAAAGCAUUUGAAUUAUGUGCUAAAAAUAAAAUGAAUUUAGAACGACCUGAACCAGGUUAUUUUUCAAUGGUUCGAAUACAUGAGAGUAAACGACCUAUACCAUCGGAUCCAUUUCGAAUUGGUUCAUUGGAACGACAUCCACCAAAAUUAGAUGUACCAGAUCCACCAUCAUUAUCUCAAGCUAAUGAAUAUCCGGAAGCUAAAAUUGGAAUGAAAUUUGGACAUAGAAAACCUUGGAUGUUUGAAGCUAAAUUAUGGGAUUGA